AGAUGUGUAGUUUUGUUCAGAUCGGUCGGUAUUCCUUGCGCAGCAGAGAUCGCAUGGUCUCAUAUCUCGCUGCUUGCCUUUCCUCCACAUAAAAUCGUACACGAAUGAAAAUAAAAUGACAACCAUGACCACCACGACGCCUCCGGUCCCGCCCGAGAAAACUAUUCGCUAUGCCAACCGCAAUUCCCCGGAGCGAGUCCAGGAGGACGCGGUGGACGAGCAGCUGAAAAAAUGGUUCCUUUUUACGCCUGAAGAACUCCUGAACCUCUCAAACCAUCUGCUCAAACAGAUGCAGAAAGGGCUGGAAGAGCACGGGUGCCUGAUCCAGAUGCUCCCGACUUUUAUCGAGAAAUUCCCCACCGGGAAAGAGCAGCAGGACUGCAUCGCAGUGGACCUGGGGGGAACAAACCUCCGGGUGAUGCACGUGAAACUCACGGGGAAGAACGGGGAGUACAUCACCGGUGCGACCCGGAAGAAGAAAAUCCCACGGAAGGCGCAGAUUGGAACGCACAGGGAUCUGUUUGGAUUAGUCGCGGAAGAGAUCGGGGAGUUACUGAAAGAUGCAAAUUUGGUUCCUGUAGUAGAGGGUGCAGCUGCAACUGGCGCAGGUGCAGCAGCAGCAGCUCCUGUUGGCGGAGGUUUCCUGGGAAACACGAACAAUGAGAAUGACGCUUUUGACAAUAAUGUCAGUAAAACGGACCAUGUGAACAUGAACGAUCCGGCUGGUCCUGCGUUCAGUAAGAUCGGGUCAUCACCAAACUACGUGAAAAACGAAACCGUUUCUCUGUCCGAAACGCCGACGCCCGUGACGCAGCCACCGAAAAAUCCGCUGACAAGCCUCCCUCCGAGCGCAACUACGACGCGCCAGAGAACCAACUCCUAUCCUCUCGGUUUCACCUUUUCCUUUCCCCUGCACCAAACGGCGCUCGGCUCCGGCUUGUUGACCAACUGGGCGAAGGGGUUUUGCGCGACGGGGGUUGUGGGCGAGGACGUCUGUGAGUUGCUGGAAAAUGAAUUAAAAGCGCGGAACAUCCCCGUAACGGUCCAAGCGUUGAUCAACGACACUGCAGGGGCGCUGAUGUCCGGCACGCUGAAAGAGCCAGACUCCUGUGCCGUCGGGGUCAUCAUUGGGACCGGGACAAACUGUGCGUAUUUGGAAAGGGUAGACCGGAUUCAUAAAUUACAUUUGGAGGUGGAGAGUGGAGCUGCUGCUGGUGCGAAGGGAGCGACGUCCUUCUCUCUAGCAGAGUGUUUCUCCUCUUGCUGGGAGCCGACAGUUGGCAGCUUUUUCAGAACUGUGAUUCCGGGGAUCUGCGGGGCGAGCGCGUCGUCGUCGUUGAUGAGUAGUAGUUCUGGUGAAGCAGGAGCAGAAUCGACGGUAGCAGGGGGCUCUUCGUCAUCUUCAUCAACAGCACGCAUCAACAAAGAAGCGAAGAACCAUCUUCAUCACAACCUGAUGUGCAUCAAUUGCGAGUGCGGCGCGUUCACCGACACGGGUCUCAGAAGGACGAAAAUGGACGAAGAUCUAGACGCAGAGAGCAGCAACGCCGGCGCACAGCACAUUGAGAAGAUGAUAGCGGGGCACUAUCUGGGCGAGUUGGUGUUUCGAACCUUGGUGGAAUUGCAGGAAUCCGGAAUGGCCUUUGUGGAGGCGAAGGAGCACGUAUUUAUUCUUGAGAUUGUCCGCUUCUAUGUUCAUGUUGCUUUAUGGUUGAUGCUCGAUCAGUCAUGCGUUUUCUUGUCUUAUGUUUCUUUCAUCAUCGGAACCACGACUGAUGUCGAUGUGUGAGAAAAUACUAGCAAGAUCAAAACCUUUCAGGGUCUCCUCUUUUCCGACCACCCGCACACGGUUUUCGAAACGCACAUGAUGGCUUCCACAGUCGCCAGCCCCUACAACGACGGCCGCGGGGUGCUCAGGCAGAUUUUCGGCCCGGCGACAUGGGAUAGGAAGAUGUCCUCAGGGACAACAUCAAACGCUGAUAAUGCCAGUAGAAGAGACAUUCUCACACUGUUCAAGGUGUGUUCUGUCAUUUCCGGCCGAUCGGCGAUGAUGGCCGCCGUGAUGAUAGUGUCCAUGGUCCGGCAGAUUCUCUCCGGACAGCCGGAGAGGAAGGAAAUUGUCAUACCUGUGGAUGGUACAGUGUACAAAUCGUUUCCGAAGUACAAGGAGAGACUCAAUGACCACUUGAUGAGCUUGGUGCAAGCUGCGCCGGACAUUCCGAAGGAUAUUGUCGUGGUUUUGAAGGAUGCCUGUGAGGACGGGAGCUGCAUCGGUGCGGCGGCGGUUUUGGCUGCGGCCUGUAGGGAAGAUAAUUCUUGAGGUUUGGACUUUGAAGUUGGACGAUGGAAAAUUUUCUGUGAUCAUCAUGCACACGCGCGUGCGAAUGCGCAACCAAAUAGGGAGACCGAUCUUUAACGGAACGCAAAGUGGUGUCAGCCAUCGUUUCUGUUGCCCGUGUAUUUUUUUGAAUUAUUUGCGAU